UCAGAUAUGGGGAAAGAUACACUGCCCGGUGAUCACUGUUACGAAAGCUUGAUUAAUGCAUUUACACAGAUCGGAGAAGUCAAACUGUUCUAAGAAUAUCGACUGGGAGAAGCUGUUACUUUUGUUUGGAAUAAUUGUUGAAGUUCUGAGUCAAUACGGUUCGUAUUAAAGUAACAAGGUCCUCCUGAGCUAGCCAAGUUAGCAUAAUCCAGUACAGAAACCAGACACAUUGGAAAACAACGAAAGUAUUUAGUUUUAUUCUCGGUAAAACGCAGAGAAACGAACAUGGAUAACAACACACCAGGCUCGGGAUCGUUUAAAGGGUUCGGCCUUUUCGGUGGUGCAGCACCCGAGUAUUCAAACUCCGAACUGGCAGGAGUGCCGUUGACCGGAAUGAGCCCUCUCUCCCCGUACCUGAAUGUGGACCCACGCUACCUGGUACAGGACACAGACGAAUUCAUCCUGCCUACGGGGGCGAGCAAAACUCGAGGUCGUUUUGAGUUGGCAUUUUUCACUAUCGGGGGAAGCUGUAUAACAGGUGCUGCUUUUGGAACAGUAAAUGGGCUUCGCAUGGGUUUGACGGAGACAAGGGACAUGGCAUGGUCUAAACCCCGAAAUGUUCAGAUCUUAAACAUGGUGACGCGACAAGGAGCAUCGUGGGCCAACAAACUGGGCUCUGUGGCCUUGCUGUACAGUGUGUUUGGAGUGGCCAUAGAGAAAGCCAGAGGAGCUGAGGACGACAUCAACACCGUGGCUGCUGGAACGCUGACGGGGGUGCUCUUCAAAUCCACCAGUGGUUUAAAAGGCAUGGCUAGAGGGGGUCUGGUGGGUUUAGCGAUGUCAGGACUCUACGCUCUUUACAACAACUGGGAUCACCUCAAAGGAGCCUCUCCGUCCCAUUACUGAGCACGCCCCGCCGUGGGACUGACGGGGGGGGGGGGGGGGCGUCUGAAACCAUGGACUCAGUUUGACUUCACGCCCAAGCCCCCCGCCUUCAUUUCAAACAUUCACAGAGAGUUGAUCUCUGAUCCAUAAGGCCUUCAGUGGACCUGAGAGUCAUCCGUCUGUUGUCACGGUGGUUUUGGAAACUGCCUUUAGCAUGAGCUGACAUAUUGGUAAAUUGCCCCCGAAAGAGGAUUCUGUGUGUUUGUAUAAAUGUAUUGUCAGAGAUCCAUCUUAAUUGGCUGUCAAUCAUGUGGUAAGAAUCAUCCCUCCUGUUUUCACCUGUUCCCUGGAAAUGGGGAACUGGUAUGUCCGUAAGUGGCUGUAGCUGUACUUUCCCAUAGGUGAGCAGCAGGUGAGUGGAAUCACUGCUGUAGGAUGAAGCCUCAUCUCCGGUGCUCACCGGUGACACAUCUGCCCUCUACAUGCUCUUUGUCUUUGGCAGUGCUCCGGAAUGCUGUCUCCACCACUUUAUUCUUAACGUAAAUAAACACGCGGUUACAACACUGAGGCUCUGCUUUCCUGGGUCAGUGGCUGUACACAUGAAUGACGGGUCGUUAGGAAUGUGAAGUGUUCCUCAUGACAUUCAAAUUAUAUGUAAAUUAAUAAAACACAAUGUCUCAAA